AGCGGAGCGAGUGUUUUUCCUGGUGUAUAGUACGUCGUCCUGCUUUGUUGUCUAUCUCCCUUUUCGUUUCCUUCGUUAUCGUUUCCGAAACAACAAGUUGUUUUCAGCAAAAAAUGUUGGGUCUUUUCCUGUGACCAAGCUUCCGGGUUCUUCAUCGCCGCCUGUCGUCGUGUCGCUCUGACAUCAGCGGCCGGAGUCUGUUGCAUUUUCAAAUUCGGUUUCGGCGGGCAUCAAAUACCUUACCCACCCGCACCACGCAACACGAUGAAGACGGCCGCCUGCAGUGGUUUGAAGAUUCAGCGGCAUUCCGCGCCGUCCUCUGCUCUGGCGAUACAGCAGCAGCUACAUCGUCAUUGGCCCCGAAGAGCACAUUCUGCUGGACGACCGCAGGAGGUACUAGAACACCGUCCGUUUUCUACAGCCACCAUCGAUUCCACGACGAGUGGGGCAGCCUCUAGUUCCUCAAGUAGCUGCUCUCCUGCCUCCUCUUCCACUUCCAGUCCGCAACACCAGCGCACCAACACUGCCGCCUAUGACGCCAUCCAAACCGGGUACCUGCCCGGCCAAGGCACGCCGGAGAAACUCCUGCCGCCCUCCGGCACGUUACCCGGGUCCAGUGGCGAAGCCUUUCCGCGGUACAGCGGUUAUGUGGUCCGUCAAAGUAGCUUCCGUGAAACUUUUAAUCGAAGAGCAGAGUUUAGAGGUUUAAGCGUGAGAAGGCUUAAUUUGAGAAAUCGGAUGCUUUGAGAUUUUAGCGUUUAAGCAUUUGAGUGCUUAAUUUAAGAACUCGGAUAUUUUUGAGUUUAAGCGUUCGAGUGCUUAAAAUAAGAAAACAGCAGAUUGAAAUUUGCGCGAGCAAAUUUGAAUUUGCUCGCAGGUUUUUGAAAUUUGCUCCGGAGCUUCUGCAAGAAGUCUAGAAAUAGCGACUCGAACGCUUAAAGUCACCGAAAAAGAAGGAGUCGUUUAGCCAUUCGGAUGCUUAAAUGAAGAGAAUUUUUGCAACCGCCCGAGCAAAUUUAAAAAAUCGCAGAGCAAAUUCCAAUUUGCUCACGCAAAUUUCAAUCUGCUGCUUCCCUAUUUUAACCCUGCGAGCCGUUAUUUGCCAACUUUGUGAAGCUGCUUUGAGUCAUUCGAAUGUUUUAUCGGGGGCGACGAAGCAAAGGGAAAGAGCACAGACAGAGCCAAGACGCUCCGGGGCGCUUUUGUUAAGUGCCUGCAAGCUCCGCGCAAAACUGUCGCUAGCGUCGUGAUCUCAGCAGAUCGCGACGCCGGGCUCGCAGGCACUUAACAUACACUUUUGCGGGCAAAUUGCCCCAGGCGUCGCGAUCUGGAGGGAUCACGACGCCCACGGCGGUUUUGCGCGGGGUGGGCACUUAACAAAAGCGCCGCGGGACGCUUUGGCUCUGUGCUCUUGCACCGGCGGAGCUUUUGUUUCCCAGGGUGCGAAAGCUCUUUGUCUCUCGAGCAACACCAACAACACUCGCGCUCGGUCGCGGUAGAUAUAGCGUUUAGGCCUUCGAGUGCUUAAAUUCACGGAAACGCAGACUGCAAUCUGCGUGAGCAAAUUUGAAAUUUGCUCUGGGCAAAUUCAAAUUUGCUCACGCAGCUGCACAGACAAGCAAUCAGUUUAGCCAUUCGAAUGCUUAACUGCUUGAAAAUAAACAAUCAUUUUAAGCAUUCGAAUGGCUAAUUGACUGGUUAUCUUUGAAGCUGUGUGAGCAAAUUUGAAAUUUGCUAAAGCAAAUUGCAAUCUGCGUUUCCGUGAAUUUAAGCACUCGAAUGCUUAAAUUGCGACUUCUUAGUUUAGGCAUUUUAAUGCUUAAACCUUAUGAACGCGAUUUCCUAGAUUAAGCAUUCGAAGGCUUAAAACAAAGAAUGUGUUGCGCGAUUAAAAGUUUCACAGAAGCUGCGGGCCUUUCCGCGGUACAGUGGCGCCGCACUGGCGGACGUGAUCCAGCAGUUUCAGUUCGUGAAAAAGCGGGGGCACGACCGGUAUUUCAAGCAGGAGGAGCCGAAAAGCGCGUGCCAAGACCAGAACCACCGGGUGCCGUUAAGCCCCUGGCUACCGGAAACCGGGGCGUCGGUUUUGAGCAGUCCCUGCUACAACAAGGAGGUGGACAAGCCGAUCGAGGAAAUUUUGCCGCCAGGUUUUGAUUUUCUGGAUUGAGGGACGUGCUACAUUUUUUUUGGUUGUAUUGCAGGAUCAACAUGACAAGAUCACUCUUUUUUGGGGGUUCAGCAUGAGAGAGAAUAAAAACACAUUGAUCAUUCUUUACUUUCCAAGGUGUGAACGAGAAUUCCGGCCGCUUCCUGAAGGACGAUGUGAAAGACGCCUACCACGAGUGCUGGACGGUGCACGGCGGCAUGGUGAUUGGUGCGGACCAAUUCACAAAAAACGACCACGACCCGCUGCCGGCGUACAAGGGCAAGUUGAUUGAGGAAGACUUCGAAGUUUCGGGUGUGACGGGCUCGAUCGUCGCACGGAAGUUCAAGGGCAUCGACCGACCCGGCGGCGGGGUCGCGGACGGACAUCCAGAGGUAGGAAGGGUUAGUUUGUUGAAAAUAAUGAGUUGUGCUUGGUAUAGUUGUAGGUCUGUGUGAGCUCGAGCACGACAAAGUGAAUACCAGUAAUUCGUCCUGCAUGAGUAGAAAACUAUGCUCGAAGGUCGCUCCGGGCUGGUUCCAGUUUGAAAACCGAGAAGGGCGGAAGUGGUAUCUGCACCCUUGCUAUGGAGAGGGAAGACAAGGGGAAGUUCUGUACAACUUGUGAUGUUGCUGACAAAGGGACAAGUUAAACAGUUUGGUUUAUUCUAAAUCUUAAGUGGUUUCUUUGCGUUUGCACAUGCAAGAUUGAUCCGCAUCACAAGCUGCACCAGAAGUCUUUGAUUUUUCAACCUGACACCUCGUCGGGCCGUUCGCAGUGGAAGCACCCGGUGAGUGGCGAAGUGGACAACUCACCGAUCAGCUGGUAUUACAAACGCCCCGCCGACAACGGCCUACCCGGCCGCCCCUGGUUCGCCUACAUCCCGAGGUUACCCUGGCACAUCAAGACGCUGAACCAGGACCGGAUUGUAUCGCCCUUGCGCGCGAAGGCGCGGUGGUGGGUAUUCAAAUUGGUUGGUGUUGUCCACAGGAUUAUCUUUUUGUGCAGCAUAACGGAAGUAGAGCAUCAACUACGUCAACAAGCAAACCGCAACUACAUUAUUUUUAUCAGAUCUACUCCCACCAAGCGUGGUUUUUCUACGCGCUGAUGUUCCUCGGCCCCUUCCGCGCCAUGCAGCCCGAGACCUUCGGCAACGGCUACGAGUACGUGAAGGCGCCCACGCAAAGAGAACUGGACUGGGGCCGCGGAUCCGCGCUGGUCCCCAGCGAGAAGUUCGAGAACUGGAUCUACUCGCUGUUCGGCUACGAAACGGAAACGGACGAGAUGAAGUUGAGAAAGUACAGCUUCGACUGCAUGGAAGAGUCGUUUUGGUACAAGCACCAUGUGGCUUUCGAGACGGGGCAGGUGGAGGAACCGAGAAAACGGAUCUUCAACUUUAUCCGUCUGGAAGAUGACUAAAAUGGAUGGAAGAGUGGUAAUGCUGUACUGUUGAAGAAGAUGGGAUGACCACUUCUGUGUCAGGUAUGCUUUGAGAGGAAGUGGCAUCACGAAGUGCGAUACAUUUUGUUUUAUCUGUAAAAAAAAUGCAACAAAAAGCCGCGUGCUGUUUGAAGAGGUGGCAUUGCAAUGUGCAGUAUGGAGAUGAAUCUCCGUAUACAUACAAG